CUUAUAUAAAAGCCUCUCACUAAACUCCGCAGAAAAUCGCUAGCUAGAUCUGAAGAAAUGGCGACGGCGUUGAAGAAGAACAGGAAGAAGAGAGGCCACGUCAGCGCCGGUCACGGGCGUAUCGGGAAGCACCGCAAGCAUCCCGGAGGUCGCGGUAACGCGGGAGGUAUGCACCACCACCGUAUCCUCUUCGACAAGUACCAUCCAGGUUACUUCGGGAAGGUGGGUAUGAGGUACUUCCACAAGCUCCGCAACAAGUUCUACUGCCCCAUCGUCAACCUCGACAAGCUCUGGUCGCUCGUCCCCGAGGACGUGAAGGCCAAGGCGGGCAAGGAUAAGGUGCCGAUGAUCGAUGUGACGCAGCACGGGUUCUUCAAGGUUCUGGGGAAAGGUCAUUUGCCUGAGAACAGGCCUUUUGUGGUGAAGGCGAAGCUUAUUUCGAAGACUGCUGAGAAGAAGAUUAAGGAGGCUGGUGGUGCCGUUGUGCUUACUGCCUAAGUGUUAGUUGUUUGAGUUUCGUUUUUGUGUUUUUGAAUUGUUAUCUUCUGAGAUGUUGAGCUUGCUUUUUGGAUAUUUUGGAAUGAGAUAUCUUUUAAUUAAUAUUAAUGGAUUAUAUGAUCGUUGUUUUGAGUUUAAA